AUAUGGUCCACUGCGUAUUUGUCCGCAAGUCGUCGUAGGAAGCGAAAACGUAGUCACCGGGACUAGCAUCGAAACUAGAUGGCGAAGGGAGUAGCAGAGGAUAUCGGUCGGCCUCUGACUUGGGCAGAGAGCGGGCAGUCGAUCCUCAAGCUGAACAUACGCCAUCUGUGGUUAUGUGGCGUGUGGCCGUUACCCGGUUGCUGGCUGUACGAUGCGUACGCCAUUAUGGGCCUAAUAGUAGGUGCCGUCAACGCGGUAGAGAGUGCGGUGUCGCUCUACUUCUACUGGGGAGACAUGGAGGAGACCACGCUGCUGCUUACCAGUAGCGUCAGCAAUGGCUGCGGCACCGUCAAGAUGGCUGUCUUCAUGCGGAACCAGCGGCAGUACUUCGCGAUGGCCAGACGCGUAGAGAUGAUGAUGUCUAUGCAGAACGAGUACACCUCCGAGGACCCUGCCCUGGAUGAAAUUCAGCAGGUAGCCCACAAACGCGGCUUCCGCCUCACCCUCUUCUGGACGCUGUUGAUGUUCUCGCAGUACUUCGUGUGGUACCCGAUGCCGUUCUACGCGCACCCGGGAGAGCGGCGCCUGCCGUUCGCACAGCACGCCUGGGACAACAACACCAACCAGUACGCGUUGUCCUACUUUCUGCAAUGCGCAGCGUCGGCGCGCGGCACCCAGCUCAGUUGGAGCCUCGACCUGCUGUUCGUGUCCGUCAUGCUUCUCGUGGCCGCACAGCUGGAGAUACUCUCGCGGCGAAUUACCAGCCUGAAAGAGGAGAGCCACGAAGGAAAGGCAGCAGCAGUCGGGGAGAAGAGCGUGAAAGGCAUGGCGGCAAACAUUUACGAUAGCAUGUACGACAAUUUGCGUCUUUGCAUUGAAACUCAUCAGAAACUUCUCAGCUUUAUCAGAUACCUGGAUGACACUAUGAGUUCCGUCGUAAUGAUUCAAUUCUGCGUUAGCGUCCUCCUCGUGUGUGUGGCAUUAUUUCAAGCAACAUAUAGUACAGACUCGACUGCAGUGCUUAGGUGCGCGCUCUACCUUCCAAUGCCCGGUAGCCAAGUGUUCCUAUAUUGCUGGGCUGCACACAGUGUAACCGAGCAGGCGGAGGCGGUGUCGCUGGCAGCAUACAGCUGCUCCUGGGUAGGGACGGCCAGACGCAUCAAGCAGUCGCUCAGGAUCAUAAUCAGCCGCGCCCAGAAGCCACUGGUUCUCACAGCUGGGCACAUCUACCCCAUUGACAGGGAAGCCUUCGUCUCGCUGGUGAAUGCAUCCUAUUCGUACUACGCAUUGUUGGGUCAAAUGAGUAAACGCUAGACACAAACUCUUUGCAGCUGAAUCGUCGAUGAAUACUGAUUUCUGCAGCUUUCAAUAAAAUCGCACCGCAUUUCCAAAAUUUCGUACACAAAUGUCGGGCUAAGAUUAAAUUUCCUGGUGUUAU